CACACGUAGCCUAAACCACGUGUAGAGUAAUAUUAACAGAUUUAACCGAAAAGAAGGGACUUCCCGCUAUAGACCUGCUCUCCUUUUCUCUCCUCUCUAUGAUUUCAUCUUCCAUUAAUUGAUCCAUGGAUGAAGAAUACGACGUCAUAGUACUCGGAACAGGUCUCAAAGAAUGCAUCCUCAGCGGUUUGCUCUCCGUCGAUGGACUCAAAGUACUGCAUAUGGAUAGAAAUGAUUAUUAUGGAGGAGAGUCCACUUCCCUUAAUCUAAACCAGCUCUGGAAGCGAUUUAGGGGCGGCGAUAAGCCUCCGGAAUCCUUGGGCGCAAGCAGAGACUAUAAUGUUGACAUGAUACCUAAGUUCAUGAUGGCAAAUGGAGCGUUGGUUCGCAUUCUCAUUCACACUGACGUCACCAAAUAUCUGAAUUUCAAGGCUGUGGAUGGUAGUUUUGUGUACAACAAAGGAAAGAUACACAAAGUACCAGCAAAUGAUGUGGAGGCAUUAAAAUCCCCACUUAUGGGAUUGUUUGAGAAACGUCGUGCUAGAAAAUUUUUCAUUUAUGUUCAAGAUUAUGAUGAGAAUGAUCCAAAGUCUCAUGAAGGGCUUGACCUUACCAAGGUUAAAGCUAGAGAUGUUAUAUCGAAAUAUGGACUUGAAGAUAAUACCGUUGACUUCAUAGGGCAUGCAUUGGCACUUUAUGUCGAAGAUAGUUUCUUGGACGAGCCUGCACUGGAUUUUGUGAACAGGAUGAAGCUAUAUGCAGAGUCUUUAGCUCGUUUCCGAGGAGGAUCUCCAUAUAUUUAUCCUCUUUAUGGAUUAGGAGAGCUACCCCAGGCGUUUGCUCGUUUGAGUGCUGUUUAUGGUGGCACCUACAUGCUUUGUAAGCCGGAAUGCAAGGUAGAGUUUGAUGCAGAUGGAAAGGCUUAUGGAGUUACAUCAGAAGGAGAAACUGCAAAAUGCAAAAAGGUCGUAUGUGAUCCUUCAUAUUUGCCUGAAAAGGUGAAGAAGAUUGGGAAAGUAGCUCGUGCUAUAUGUAUUAUGAGUCAUCCGAUCCCACAUACGAGUGAUUCUCACUCGGUUCAGGUUAUUCUUCCUCAGAAACAACUCAAGCGAAAAUCAGACAUGUAUCUAUUUUGCUGCUCCUAUACUCACAAUGUAGCUCCAAAAGGGAAAUACAUUGCUUUUGUUACAACAGAAGCAGAGACUGAUGAUCCUGAAACAGAAUUGAAGCCAGGCAUAGAUCUCCUUGGAUCGGUAGAUGAAAUAUUCUUUGACACUUAUGACAGAUUCAAGCCUACUAACCAGCACGAUGUGGACAACUGUUUCAUAUCCACAAGUUAUGAUGCAACCACACACUUCGAGACUACUGUGGAGGAUGUGAUUGCCAUGUACAGCAAGAUAACUGGAAAGAAACUUGACCUGAAAGUGGAUCUGAGUGCUGCUAGUGCAAGUUCUGAAGCCGAAGGCCAAGAAUAAGAAUGAAGUCAUGUGAUGGGGCCCUCACAGACUGAAUGAUAAACAGCUGCAAGAACUCUUGGUGCUACAUUUUUUUUUCCGUUAAAUUGUUUUGUGGAUUUCCAUUGUGGAUAAAACUAUUUUGUAGAGAAUUUAAAUUUUCCUUAUUAUACAGAAACUAUUUUAGCCAUUAAA